GCCUACAUGGGGGCCUUUGCCGAGGAUAUCAACGAGGACGAUGACCUCAGGGCCCUGCGCUUCCUCUCCGUCAACUCCAUCAUCGACCCCUGGGUCUUCAUCAUCUUCCGCACCUCCGUCUUCCGCAUGUUCGUCCGCAGGGUUUGCCGGAGGCUGCAUUCCCGAAAACCCACCUUAAAAGGGCCCGGCCCAGGGGGGGAAGAACAAUUCUGUCCCCUGGGCUGGCGCAGGACAGACACCCCCCAGCUGGGGAUCCCCUGAGAACCUGGCUCUUGCAGAAGCCGGCGGCUGCUGGUGAGGAUGAGGAGCGAGCCUUCAGCCCCGCACCCUCAUCCCGGAGCAUCCCGGGGCAGCACGGGGCUGUCACAGGAGGGGAUGGCGUCUGGUGGGGACGUGAAGUGUUUCUGUCACCUCCCCGGGCUGAGGAACCCCGGGAUGGGGGGUGUCCAGGCUACCUGUGAAUAUUUCCGAGCAGCAGCACUUUGUGGAAGGUUUGGGGAGCGCCCGGCUCCAGGAAAAGGAGGGUUUUGGCGUGUGGUUUCAGGGCAGUGGGGACACACAGGGAGGACAGGGACGGGGGGUGGUGUCCCCCCCAGUCAAAUAAAAGUGGUUCAGAGCCCUGC